GCGCCCUGGCGCUCCCGAAAGCUCGCGUUCGCUCUGAGGCGGCGCGCGCUGUUGGUCCUCGCUGGCUCCGUUUACCUUAGGGACCCGCGGCCGCCCUGGGCCGGCGCUGCAGCCCCCUUGGAGCCCGACCCCGAGGUGUGAGUUCCUUGUUGGUGUACGGAAACACAACUGACUUUUGUGUAUUGAUUUUGUAUCCUGCAACUUUACUGAACUCAUCGAAGACUUUAAUAUCAAGUCUACAAUAUUUUGAGAGGAAAUUACUAAUAUCUCUCAUUUAAAAAAAUACUUCUCAGAUAUUUCAAUCAAAGGAAGAAAUAGCUCUUCUCCUAAGAUGGAAUCUGUUGUUUGGGAAUGUGGUUGAUCAACUUGAUAUGUUGGCCAAAUGUGCCCUAUGUAAUAAAAUGAAAAGAAGAGACAAGAUGAUGUCAUUUUCCCGUAUUGUGAAACCAAAAACAAAUGCCUUUUGUGAGACCAAGCUAACAAACCUCUGACGGUGCAAAGAGUAUUUAACUGUUUGAAGAACUUAACAUAACAUAUAGAAGAAAUACUUUCAAGCUGAGACCUGCAGGUAUAUAAAGAUCUAAAAUCCUUAUUGAGUAGGCCUGAUCAACCAAAUCUCAUUCAGAUCCAGGAAGGAUGGCUAUGAGUCGGAUCGUCUUCUACUUUUGGCCCUUGACUAUGUUUGUGGGACAUAUAGGUGGGCACAGUUUGUUUUCUUGUGAACCCAUUACCUUGAGGAUGUGCCAAGAUUUGCCUUAUAAUACUACCUUCAUGCCUAAUCUUCUGAAUCACUAUGACCAACAGACAGCAGCUUUAGCAAUGGAGCCAUUCCACCCAAUGGUGAAUCUGGAUUGUUCUCGGGAUUUUCGGCCAUUUCUUUGUGCACUCUAUGCUCCUAUUUGUAUGGAAUAUGGACGUGUCACUCUUCCGUGUCGUAGGCUGUGUCAGCGGGCUUACAGUGAGUGUUCGGAGCUCAUGGAGAUGUUUGGUGUUCCGUGGCCUGAAGAUAUGGAAUGCAGUAGGUUCCCAGAUUGUGAUGAGCCAUAUCCUCGACUUGUGGAUCUGAAUUUAGCUGGUGAUCCUACUGAAGGAGCUCCAGUGGCAGUGCAGAGGGACUAUGGUUUUUGGUGUCCUCGAGAGUUGAAAAUUGAUCCUGAUCUUGGUUAUUCUUUUUUACACGUGCGUGAUUGUUCACCUCCUUGUCCAAAUAUGUACUUUAGGAGAGAAGAACUUUCAUUUGCUCGAUACUUCAUAGGAUUAAUUUCAAUCAUUUGCCUCUCUGCCACGUUGUUUACUUUUUUAACUUUUUUGAUUGAUGUCACAAGAUUCCGUUAUCCUGAAAGACCUAUCAUAUUUUAUGCAGUCUGCUACAUGAUGGUAUCACUAAUUUUCUUCAUUGGGUUUUUGCUUGAGGACCGAGUAGCCUGCAAUGCAUCUAGCCCUGCACAGUAUAAGGCUUCCACAGUGACACAAGGAUCUCAUAAUAAAGCUUGUACCAUGCUUUUUAUGGUACUCUAUUUUUUUACUAUGGCUGGCAGUGUCUGGUGGGUAAUUCUUACCAUCACAUGGUUCUUGGCAGCUGUGCCAAAGUGGGGUAGUGAAGCUAUUGAGAAGAAAGCAUUGCUAUUUCACGCCAGUGCAUGGGGCAUCCCUGGAACUCUAACUAUCAUCCUUUUAGCGAUGAAUAAAAUUGAAGGUGACAAUAUCAGUGGCGUGUGUUUUGUUGGCCUCUACGAUGUUGAUGCAUUGAGAUAUUUUGUUCUUGCUCCCCUCUGCCUAUAUGUGGUAGUUGGAGUUUCUCUCCUCUUAGCUGGCAUUAUAUCCCUAAACAGAGUUCGAAUUGAAAUUCCAUUAGAAAAGGAGAACCAAGAUAAGUUGGUGAAGUUUAUGAUCCGGAUCGGUGUUUUCAGCAUUCUUUAUCUCGUACCACUCUUGGUUGUAAUUGGAUGCUACUUCUAUGAGCAAGCUUACCGUGGCAUCUGGGAAACAACAUGGAUACAAGAACGCUGCAGAGAAUAUCACAUUCCAUGUCCUUAUCAGGUUACUCAAAUGAGUCGUCCAGACCUGAUUCUCUUUCUGAUGAAAUACCUGAUGGCUCUCAUUGUUGGUAUUCCCUCCAUCUUUUGGGUUGGAAGCAAAAAGACAUGCUUUGAAUGGGCCAGUUUUUUUCAUGGUCGUAGGAAAAAAGAGAUAGUGAAUGAGAGCCGACAGGUGCUACAGGAACCUGAUUUUGCUCAGUCUCUUUUGAGGGAUCCAAAUACUCCUAUUAUAAGAAAAUCAAGAGGAACUUCCACUCAAGGAACAUCCACACAUGCUUCUUCAACUCAGCUUGCUAUGGUGGAUGAUCAGAGAAGCAAGGCAGGGAGCGUCCACAGCAAAGUAAGCAGCUACCACGGCAGUCUCCACAGAUCCCGUGAUGGCAGGUACACUCCGUGCAGUUAUAGAGGAAUGGAAGAGAGACUACCUCAUGGCAGCAUGUCACGACUGACGGAUCACUCCAGGCACAGUAGUUCUCAUCGGCUCAACGAACAGUCAAGACAUAGCAGUAUCAGAGACCUCAGUAAUAAUCCUAUGACUCACAUCACACAUGGUACCAGCAUGAAUCGGGUCAUUGAAGAAGAUGGAACCAGUGCUUAAAUUGUCCGAAGGUGGAAAACUUGUGCUAUCUAAAAAGCAGAUUUUAUUCUUUGCCUUUGCAUGACUGAUUGCUGUAACUCACUGUUAUCAUGCUUUCAGUCAGAAGCAGAUUGUGUCCAUUGGAAAGUAAAUUUCGCCUUUUAUAUUGCAUCAAACUUGGAACAUCAAGGCAUCAAAAAUGCUAAUAAUUAUAUCAUCACAUAAAUAAUUCUUAUUUCUAGGUUAUUGAAGAGAUAAUUAUUUGUCUGGUAAGCAUUUUUAUAAACCCACUUAUUUUAUAUUUAGAAAACCCUAAAUGUGUGGUGACUGCUUUGUAGUGAACUUUCAUAUGAUAUCAACUAGUUGUGAGAUAACAUUCUGGUAGUUGUAUUAAUAAAACAAAAAUUUCAGAAUUAAGAAAAUUUUCUAUGCAAGGUUUAUUUCUCAGAAGAACAGUUGGACUUUGUAGUUUUCUUUCCACUAAGUGAAAAAGAACUAUGUUUUUAAACGGUAGGAGAAUUUGAUAAAUCAGCAAGGGUAUUUUAGCUAAUAGGAUAUAAGGUCAGAAGAGGAAUCUGAAUAGUCUACUGAAGGCUCUUUAAAAAUUCUAUUGAAAUAAUCUUCAUCCAGAAACAUACAGGAUUAAGAUUAACAAUGAAUAAAAGGCAGAGAUGGACAUUUUUUCUCUAUAAUUGUGCUGUCUUUAUUACUUUUGUAAAUAUUACUUUUACUGGCUGUGUUUUUAUAACUUAACCAUAUGCAUGGUGAGAGAAGUUUAAUUUGUAGCCGCCUUUACCCAUAUAGUAGUAUUGAUUCACAUAGAACUUCAUGUUCAGAUCUGUUCCAUGGAGGCAUGUAACAAGCAUCACACAUUAUAAACUCUUUUGUGGGAACCACAGUUACAAAAUGGCAAAACAUUUUCUCUAUAUUCAUUGUUGUAUUUUUCUACAGUGAGAUGUGAUCUUGCCAAAGCCACCAGAUCUUGGUACCCAGGCCCGUCCUAUCAGUGACCUGAUUGUCUGUAUUUGCAUUGUAUGGUAGCCACUAGGCUACAGCUUUUGCCCCACAUUCCUGUUUCGAGAUUCUGGAUCAUUUUUUUUUUUUGAAAUAUAUAACCUAAGUCCAAAGUGGUGAUUGAGGUAUUUGAAAAUCAUUGUAACUAAAUGAAGCAUGAGUAGUCUUGCUGUGAAGUAUAAUCUUUUAGUCUUACCAAUAUCAAUUCAAAAAUGUUUGACAUUUUGUCGUGUACUGUUUAAAUAAUUUACAAUAAAAACUGCAAACUUUAUUAGGCAUGAAAUUGAUCAGAAGGGAAAGAAAAAUUGUGGAAAAUGCUGGAUGUGUUUUAUAGUAAAGCGUAUUUAAGCAAGUAGUCCUCAGCCCUGACUAUAGAUAAGAAUCACUUGUGGAACCUCUGAUGCUCAACACCCUCCUCUCAUUCAGAGGAGAAUUUAUAUAUAUAUAUAAAUAUAUAUACAUUUUUUUUAAGCUUUCUAGGUGAUUCUAAUCUGCAGACUGUUUUGAUCUAACUUGCCCCCUGAAAAUGAGCUGAUGGCAUCAUAUUAUAUCACAUAAAUACCUAGCUGGACUCAAUGUUGUACUUUUCUAUACAUUUGUUCUUCACUUUAUUGUUCGUUAUAAAUGUGGAAUUUGGGGCACUCCUAAAGAUUCUUUCUUACUAACUAAGUCAAAGGUGGUAGGGCUUUUAAAGUCUGUAUUUCUGAAAAUACUACAGGUGAUUCUUAAUGCAGAUAAUCCAAGAAUCACACUUCGGAAAAUAUUCCAAGACUCUAGAGAGGUCUGGCUUUGCUAUAUGCCAAUUUUGUCAUCUUUAACAAGUAAACUUCUCUGAGCCUCAGUUCCUUUGUUUAUAAAUGAAGAUAGAAGAUAAGUACCUACCUCACAAAGUUGUCAAAUGGGGAUCACGUGAAAAAUCAUAUGAAAACUCUUUGAAAACUGUAAAACAUUGUGGAAUAUAAGGGAUUAAGAUUAUUAAGGAUUUAGGAGAUUUAUUUGAGGGCUACUGUAGUAUAUUCCUUGACAUGUGUUUAAGGCUUUCAUCAAGUACAGAAAUCGGUUUACUGACAAUAAUUUGUACAUCAUGUUUUUUCAAAGUACAUAUAUUUUAUUAUUUAUGAUUAACUCUUUAUAGAACAUAUUUGAACAGUUAGCCCCAAAGCAUUUUUCUUUUUCCUCUAUCUUCAUUGUCUUUCUCCUUGGAACUGGAGUUAGUGCUGGAUAGGCAGAAUCUGAAUUCCCUCAUAACUGACAAUUAGUAAGCCUUUCCUCUGAAGGCCAGACUUACAACAACUCAUUUAUACAAUAACUCAGUAAUUCAUAAGGCUUUUUUCCUGAGAAUCUCUCCUGAGAACAGCAUGAGAGGACCAAAACAAACAUUGAGAAACAAAAAUAAGAAGUUAAAAUAGAAGGUACCAGUUUGAGCUCAAAGAUGUUGUCAUCCACCGCCAUCUGCAUUAUAUUAUCAAUUGCCAAAAUGUUAACUGAUUUUCUUGUACAAGUAGGCCAAGUGUAGACGGUUAAGUGCACAUCCCUGUGAAAAUCUUAACUUUGUGCUCCUUUGUUUUUUAUAUAUUCAUUUUAUCUUCUUUGUUAAACUCACUGUUGGCAUAUAUGUAAAUGCUAUGUUGACCUUUCAAUUACUUUCAGUAUCUUAAUUUUGUUCCACAGAAUUUACCUAAUAUCAUCAAUGCAUUGUUUUAGAUAACUAUAUUUAGUUUGGGUCAUGUUGUUUAUCAAACUGGUGCUUUAAAUUAAGAAUUCUUUUUUAAGAAACUGUUAAAGAACUAUGGCAAACCAGCAAUUUCAAAGUCUCAGUUCCCUUAAUCCAAAUUGAACAAGUUGAGACAGCUUUCUUACCAUAUGUUUAACUUUAAUUUGUGUUUUGAUUGGCAUGUGAUAAUGUUUAGCAUUUUAUUUGGAUAGCUGACAACUGAGAAAAUAGUUCUCUUGAAAAUGUUAAUAUAUAAUCAAGAGACUUUCAAAAAGUACUUCGAUUUCACCAAUACUGUUUAAUUUAUUCAGUAAUUAAAGCAAAAGAUAAUAUUAAGCUCAAAACAGUAAUUGGUUUCAAAGAAUAACUGAUUAAUAACAACUAGCAAAGGGCUUAGUACAUAGUAGGUUUUUCAAUUAAUAUUUAUGAAUGAACAACUCAUGUCAUAAAACUCACUUUAAGCCUUAGUAGUGAGAAUCUCACCUCAAAGGAAUUUGGAGGAUCUAAACUUAAAUUGAGUGAAAUUAAGUUUCUGCUUUACAAAAAUAACAUGUGGCAAAUAAAUAAAUAAUAAAUAAAUAAAUAAAUAAAUAAAUAAACCGUUAACAUAACUUGCACAAGAAAUAUAUACACAAACUUGUACCAAUACUUUAUUAAUUUUAAAAGGUGAAUAGCAAUUCUUAGAAGUAUUUAAGCUCUUGUUGGUUUUAUGUGAAGUUAGAUCUUUGUAUACUAGUUGGUAAAUGAAUAUUCAAGCAAACCUUUAUUAGUAAUGAUUUUCUGCUUAGAGCAGAUAUAUGAAAAUUCUAAGAAUCUCUUUAAAUUAGAAAAAUUUACUACAUUUUAGCCUACCUCAUUAGUUUCUUUGUGAUAAGAGCUGGAUAUAACAAGUUGUAACUAUCUUGGUUGAGGCUCUAUCCCUGUGAUUUAAAAGGAACUACUUAAAAAAUUUUAUUAGUGGAUCAUUGGCCAGAGCUUAGAAAACAAUAACAUGCCAAAAUUUCAUUAUAAUGAUAUUUAUACUGCUUUUGACAUGCCAAAGGUAUAUUUGCAUAUUAUCACUUGGAUGACUUACAUAGCCUUGUGCAGUGAAAAUUCUAUUAGGCUUAGAAUUCGAAGACCCAUAAUUAUGAUGUGAGCAGGAUAGGUCAUUUAGUCUCCCGUUUCUUCAGUAUAAAAUGAGGAUAAGGUAACUUUUGGUCCCAAAACCUACCUCACUGGACUUUGGUUGUAAGGAUCAAAUGAGAUGACAUGAAUUAUCGUGCUCUGUAACCUAUAAAUUGCUCUACGGAUAUUAUCUGUUUUGUUAGAACUUAGGGUUAUAGAAAACAAGGAUAUGGUCUUCAGUAGUAUUUAGCAGCAAAAACAAAAAGGCAAUUAGACCAGUAUUCAUUUGGUAUAAUCUUUGAAUCAGCAAUCCAAUUAACCUUUUAAAAAUGAGGUUCUUUUUCAAGAGUAGCUAUACCCUUAAACUGUGUUAGCUUUUUAAUAUAUGCAUACCAGGGUACACUCUCGGAUUUAUAGAGUUAAAUUUGUAGGUCACUCUCAACAGGAAUUUGGGGAUCUCCAUUAUAUUUUUCUUUUGAUAUGGAAUUAUAUAAACUGACUGAAAGUUGUAAGAAAAAUAUUAAGAGGAGUAUAGGCCCUUUAACUUUUUUUUCUUUGAGGACUUUCAUGUCCUAAUUCUUUCUGAUUAAGGACAAAUUUUAAAAAGUUAAUAACCAUAACUUGAUAUCCAUCUUGUCAAAACUUUAAAUUUUAAGUUGUAACAUUAUCCUAAUUGUUUGUAUGUUUGUAUAUAUAAUUUUUAAAACCUACAUAAAGUAAGGAUUUCUCCAUUCUUUUCCACACAUCAAUACACAGAAGAGAAUUUUAUGGAGCCUAGAUUUACAAAGGAACUCAUGAUUCUUCUAAAAUUCUUUUAUACCUUUUCUGAUUAAAAUAAGAAAAAGUGUUUGCAUUCAAUUCAUUUGUUUCCCAGUAGCUGCAUUUUUACAUUCUUCUUCUAUUUUUUUUUUAAGAUUUUAUUUAUUUAUUUGACAGAGAGACAGUGAGAGAGGGAACACAAGCAAGGGGAGUAGGAGAGGGAGAAGCAGGC